AUGGAGAGGCUUCUAGCAAACCAUGGGUAAAAUAAUAUAUUUCAUUAUUAAGUGGGCUUUGUAAUGUAUAUAGGAAUGCAAUUUUAACGAUAAAAUUAUAAAAGCAAGUGAAAUCAGAAAAAUUAGAAGAUGCCAAGUCAUAUGAUUAAUUAAGUUUAUAAAAAUAGUAUUACUGA